AUGUUUCAACAACCAAACUAUUCAGAUCCAGCCAAGCAUAUCAGUACAGCAUCUAGCGUAUACCCUGACUCCAAUGCUGACUCACCUGAACCAUCACCACGUAUACCAGGCCAAUUUGAACAAAUAAUAAUACCUCGUCAUAAGGAAAAUCCAUUUCGCACCAACAAACCAGUAGAGCAACAGCAGCAGCAGCAGGUUAAUGGUCGUGAUGAUGAGCAUAAGUUUGAACGUAUGCCGAAAGAGGGAUCUAACCAGACUUUCCAAUCAUAUAUGACUGCACGUAGUGGGGCUUAUUCAUUUGAAGAAGAAGAUUAUGAGAAUGAAGUAGGCGAAGACCAACCAAGUGAUAAUGGCAGUGUUUACUCACAAAACCAAGAACCUCAAUUAAGAAAUGCACCAAGUUUCUCAUCAAUAAAUGAAUCAAUAUUUCAUAACUCAUCGAAAAAUACCACACUUGCCCAUAAUGAGAACGACGAAACCCCACUUAUAGAUAGCAGCGAGAGGUAUCCUGAUGAAACUCCUGUAGUUGACGAUAAUGGAUUUCUUCACGAAAUCAACCAAGAAGAAAAAGAUGUUCUUGCAGAUGAACCUGUUGAUUCAAGUGAACCAACUUCAUUACUACCAAAACAAAAUUUGAGCAAGAAAUUUAAAAGAGUUUCAGUGGCUUUACAGAAUACCCGAACUUCAGGGGAAUCUUACAAUUUUAGAAAUGUAUUCCAAAAUAAUGUGGAACAGGCGAAUAAAACGGCAACUCAAGAUAAUACUGCUCCAGGACUUGAACGCAAAAGUACUUAUUACCGGAAACUACAAGAGAAAAAGUUGCAAACAUCACAAGAACAGCAAGGCACAGAUGCAGAGAAUAUGGUGAUUACCAAUGAUCAAUACUCAGAAGCUAGUUCCAUCAGUACCAGGGCAUCAAGUACGCAUACCGAUACUGGCGAUAAAGUUGAUGAACAAGACAAUUAUUUAGUGAAAAAGGAUUCGACAAAUUCGUCAUCAAAUUUUGUAUUUCAUGAUAACAAUUUACCAUCAUCGUACAACCUAGGAGGGUCCAAAGUCAAUGAUGACAUACCGAUUCGAAAAGAUUUAAUUAAUGAUCAUAAGGCACAACUGGAUUUAACUGAAAGGGAACGAUUGCGAAUGUACAAUAAAUCAACGGCAAUGUCGGAAGAAGGUGGGUUGAACAUUGUUUACAAGGAGACAGAUACCACUGAUGACACAUACCUGAAACCACUACCUUCUCCAACAAAAUCUGAAGAAAAAGAUGAUAAUUUGUCUGAUUUUUUCAUACGAGCAUUGCAUUCAUUUGAUUCAUCAACUUUACAAUCCAAAUCAGAUGCAUCUAUUUGUUUAUCAUUUGAAAAAAAUGACAUCGCCUUUCUUCAUACCAUUGACGAAUCCGGAUGGGGGGAAGUCACUCUACUAGAAACAUUACAAACUGGAUGGAUUCCAAUGAACUAUUUCUCACUUGUUGUUACUUCUGGUGAUGAGGAAGACGAAGAUGACACGGAUAGUCCUGAAGAUAACGACAACAAUAAUAAAAUCCCUAAUAAUCAUUAUUUGAAACCAUUAUUACAUGCUUGCGGUCAAUUUCUUUCUAAUCCAUUAAGUCAUAAAGACCGUAGAAGUAAAUACACUUUUUCCAUUAAAGUGAUCAAUUCAAUUCGAGAUGGUGUUAGGUUAUUAUUACAGCAAACUGAUUGUUUAUCUAGAUCCAAUGAAUUGGUCACCAAAAGACCAAUUGUACGGAAAUCACGGAAGUCUUUAUUGGCAGAUUGGUAUAAUCUUAUGGUCAAGGCCAAUGAAUUCAAAGGUACAUCAAACUACAGCAAAAUAGAAAUCUUGACGUUAAUGGUGUAUCAAGUGAGUCGUAAAGCUGUAUCAUUUUUAGAAAUAUGGUCAGCUGAAAGUAAAGAAAUUAUUAGUCGUGACCAGACCGGGAAAAAAUUAUAUGAUGAUUUGAAUGAUUGUCCAUUAUUGAAGACCCCUCCAUUGGCCAAACAAAGAAUCACUGAAAUCCAUGGUGUAUUAUUUUCCUAUUUAGGGUUAAUUAUAGGGAGAUUGGAUUUAAUUGAACAUAACCAAAUUGGGUGUGAUAUGUUAGAAACUUUAGCUCAUCAAAUUAUAUUACUUUUACGAGAAUUAUUGUUUAUAUCAAGAACCGGAUCAGAAUAUUCAAAGGAGAAACCUCGCGAAUUGGAUAGUUCUUUAGAUGGGUUAUUAUCUUUAGUCAGUGAUUUAGUUGCUAGUGUUAAAAACUUAGUGGUUAGAACUGUUAAUGAAACUGAAGAAGAUCGUAUACACAAAUUUGGUGGGCCACAAUUGAAUGGUGCAAGAGAUUACUAUUACACUCCCGAAGGAGGAGAAUUAUUACAAAUAGCAUCAAGAAUGGUUAAAGCCAUUAGUGUGACAGUUGCUUCGAUUAGAAAAUUAUUGGAGAUCACUGGUGAUUUCAAAUUAAGUUCAGAAAGAUCGUAUCCAGAUUAUUUCAAAAUGAGAAUUGAACCACAAGAAUUCAUUAAAAAAUGCUCACGGGGAAUUACAAAACCACCAAAAGACAUGCCAACGCAACAAGCUACUAGUGGUACUACUCCUAAUGGUAUUAAAGCGUAUAAAGCCAACCGAUAUUCCAUGAUUCGAGCUGGUAAAACUGGUGAUUUGGGCUUAACUGAUACUGGGGUCAAUUACUUACAAUCAUUGAAUAAUGAUGACAAUGACGACCUUGAUGGAUCAUCGCCAUUUACUCUGUCAGCUCCCGAAUUUAAACCAUUCACCUCGGAAGGAGGGAAUGAGUCAAACAACAACAAUUUUGAUAUCAAUAUCAAUGACGAAUUAUCGGUUGAUAGUAAUGGGAACUUAUUGGGGGGUUCAUUCAAGGGGCUUGUGUAUACUUUAACUAAUGAAGACCUGCCACCAGAAUAUUUCUUUGUGUCAACAUUUUUCAUAUGUUUCCGAAGUUUUAGUACCGGUAUUGAUUUGAUAGAAGAAUUGAUAACUAGAUUUCAAGUUGGAACUGUUAGUAAUGAUAUCAAUAUUGAUUUGAAGUUGAAAAAAAGAAGAAAAUUAGUUGCUAGACUGUUUCAAUUAUGGAUGGAAUCGUAUUGGAAUCAUGAAGCCGAUUACAAUUUAUUGACGACAUUAAUCAAUUUUUUCAAUGAAGGUAUGAGUGAUUAUUUGCCAUUGGAUGCAAUCAGAUUGAUUGAUAUUGGUGCAAGACUUUCGUCGAGACCAUUAGUGGAAAAUAGAUCUAGAAGAAUUAAGGACACCAACCAAUUAAUCAAUAGAAGUAUCACCAAUGUUGUCAAAUCUCCAAGGAAAAAUGGAUCGAUCCUUGGGGAUGAAAUCAAUCGUUAUUCAAUGAUUGAUAAUUAUGGGCUUUCCAAGAUUAACAGCAGUAGCAGUACUAGUACUUCUUCCACCAACUCAGUGAAAUCAGCAACUUUACCAAUGCCACUUGGGGCCACCAGUGCUUCGAAAACAUCAUUAUUGACAUUUUCACAACUUGAAACUAUUGAAAAAGUUAAUCUUACUUAUAGAGCAAUUUUGGGUAAUAGUUGGUGUUCACAAAAAUAUAUCAAUUCGAUUAAAUAUAUCCCAUUAGAUUUAUCAGUGUUAAUGCCCAAUUUCUAUAUAAUUUGUGAUCAAAGUUGGGUUUUAUCAAAUUAUCGACCAAAUUUAUUAGAUUUUAAUGGAUUAGAAAUAGCUAAACAAUUAACAUUAUUGGAAUCAUAUAUUUUCUGCUCGAUUAAACCUGAUGAAUUAUUAAAUCAAAAUUAUACAACCAAAAGAGCUCAUUUAAAACUUGCCCCCAAUGUUCGAUUAUCAUUAUUAUUCACCAAUUGUUUAUCAGGAUAUGUCAUUGAAUCAAUAUUACAACCAAAUAUCACCAUUAAAUUAAGAAUCAGUAUGGUGAAAAUAUGGUUAAAAAUAGCUAUUUCAUGUCUUUAUUUAAGAAAUUUCAAUUCAUUAGCUGCCAUUAUAACUGCUUUAGAAUCUCAUUUAAUCACCAGGAUUUCAUCAAUUUGGAUUAAAUUAGAAGAUAAAUAUACUGAAUUAUACGAUUAUUUAUCUAGUAUUAUUCAUCCAGAAAAAAAUUAUCGAAUUUAUCGAAAUAAAUUAAGGAAUUUUUUAAAUUCACCAAUAGAAUUAGAUGCAUCACCUAUUCCUAUUGUACCUUAUUUUUCAUUAUUUUUACAAGAUUUAACUUUUAUUAAUGAUGGUAAUCCAAAUUAUCGUAAAGCUAAUACAUUUUUGAAUCAAAAAUUAAUUAAUAUUGAUAAAUAUUUGAAAAUUACGAGAAUUAUUGCUGAUAUUGAAUGUUUACAAAUAUCCUAUUUAGAUGAUCCAAAUAUUCUCCCCAAUGAUCCUAAUUCUUCAAUAGAGAAUGGUGAUAAACCAAAUUAUACGAUUAAUCCAGUUCCUCCAUUGCAAGAAUUGAUUUUAUUGGAAUUAUGGAAAAUUUGUCAAUUGAAUAAAACCGAAGAAGAUCGUGCUUGGAAAUUGAGUUGUAAGAUUCAACCAAGAGACGUUAGUUAG